UAUGAUCAUAUAGUGAAGUUUGAUUCUGGGAAUUCUUCAUCAUCUCCCAUGGCGUUUCUGCACAUUCUGUUUGUGGGUCUCAUUGUACUAGUCAGUGCUGCAGCUAAUAUCAAUGCAGCAGAGAACAGUAAUGGUGGAAAUCAAGUGCCAGCAGUUUUUGUGUUUGGGGACUCUCUAGUUGACACAGGGAACAACAACUACAUCACCACCAUUGCCAAGAGCAACUUCCCUCCUUACGGGAGAGACUUCCCGGGUAAAAGACCAACAGGAAGGUUCAGCAAUGGCAGAGGCGUCUCUGACUUCAUAGCUGAAAUCCUAGGAGUGAAAGAGCUGCUGCCACCAUAUCUGGAUCCAAAUCUGGACCUCCAACAGCUCCUUACUGGUGUUUGUUUUGCUUCUUCUGGUGCUGGUUAUGACCCUCGUACAUCGAAAUUAGCUAGCGCGAUACCGAUUACGAGUCAGUUGAACAUGAUGAAAGAGUACAUCAGGAAGAUGAACGCCACAGUCGGUGAAGCAAGAGUGAACGACAUUACAUCCAGGAGUGCAUACAUGAUCUUCAUGGGAAGCAACGAUGUCACCAACAUUUACCCAGUGGUCAAGGCUUUGUACAGUGAAGAUUCCUACACUGAUCUAAUGAUCAAUUUGGCCACAGACUUCUUCCAGAAACUGUAUGCCAUCGGAGCAAGGAGAAUUGGGCUGCUGAACUUACCUCCAACCGGGUGUGCUCCAGCGCUGAGAGUUCUGACAGGAGGAGAAGAGAGAGCCUGUUCGGAGAGCCUUAACAGACGCAUCAGGAUGUUCAACUCCAAGCUGUCUCUGGCUGUUGAUAAGAUGAAUCAGGAGCUUCCAGGAGCCAAGUUUGUACUGUUUGAUGUCUACAGUCCUGUGCUUUCCCUCGUCCAAAACCCAGCUCCAUAUGGGUUCGAAGAGGUUGCAAGAGGAUGCUGCGGCACAGGGAACAUAGAAACUGCUGGGCUCUGUGUUCUGCCAGGGACUUGCACUGAUGCCACCAAGUACUUGUUCUGGGAUAGUUUCCAUCCAACUGAAACCGCGUCUCGAAUCCUGACGUAUCAAGCUCUCUCUCCCAAUCUAAGCAAAUUCUUCUGAGUAACUUAACCAUUGUUGUUGCCAGGGGGAGUCAAGCAAAUUCUUUGUGUAUAGAAUUGUCCAGUUACGCUUGCUUUAAAGCAUAAAUGAAUGCCAGAAAUCAGUGGUUACACGUUCAAUCUUCA